AUGCCUUCUAUCAAAGACUUUGCUUGGGGCACCAUGGUGUUGCUCGCCUUUGGCGUCCAGUCCAACUUGGCCUCUCCAACAUCGUCUCCUCAUACAAUGGUCAUGAUCCGUGAUGAGAACUUCGCCUACCAUAAAUCUGAGGAGAUGGCCAACAUCAUCCUUGCUCGUAACUCCGAGUCUCCUCUUGUCAAGCGCAGUCAUGCAAAGGUCGCUUGCAUUCCCGCCGACAACACCGCUUGCUUGAUUGUUUCCAAUCUUGAUGAUGCGAAUAUCUGGACCUGGAACCAUGCUGGCUGUAAUGGCCGCAACACCGACCACAAGGGAUGCCCCACUGGAGAGAACACCUUUGGUUCUCCUGGAACUAACUCCAUCGGCGUGCACCCUGGCUGCUAA